AUGAAUCCUGCCCAGCGGUACCACAAGGUGAUCGCUGAUCUGCCGGCGCAUGAUGUUUCCACUCGCGGCUGGAACAUUCCUUCGGAAUUUGUUUUGGCUGACCCGCAGUUCGAUAAAUCAGCCCCGAUUGAUCUCAUCCUUGGUGCCCGUCAUUACGCUUCCUUCUUUACGAACGUAAAAUCGCACGAGCUUGCUCCGAACAUUCCAACUAUGCUGAACAGCGUGUUUGGGUGGGUCAUGAUUGGUCCCACCUCUCCUCAGAAUCCUGCAUCUCCGACCGAUUGCACCGCCGCGUCCACAAUCGUCUGCAUGGCAUCCCGGGAGGAGUCUCUCGAACGCUUUUGGAAGCUGGAAGAGUUAAGCGUCAAUGAUUCGUACUCACCUGAUGAGCGGCGAUGCGAAACAUUGUAUAAAGAAACCAUUCAGCGCGACGAGUCGGGUCGCUAUAUUGUACGAUUGCCCAAACAGACCGACUUCACGGAAAAGCUUGGCCUGUCUAAAACUACCGCUUUGAGGCGCUUCGAGCUGCUGGAGAGGAGGCUAGAACGCAACCCACAGCUCAAGGAAGACUAUCAUGCCUUCAUGAAGGAGUAUUUGGAGCUGGGGCACAUGUCGCUCAUGAACAAAGAUAGUGGGGAUGAACGGGCGUACUACCUACCGUACCAUCCCGUAUUUAAAGCCUCCAGUACCACCACGAAAGACGAGCUGCUUGAUAUUGUGUUGCGAUUCCGCACCUACCAAAUAGCACUUGUGGGAGAUAUAGCUAAAAUGUACCGACAAAUUCUCAAUGGUGGGUUUGAGUUGCGCAAGUGGACCUCAAACAAUCUGAGCGUGCUCUCCGGCUUAAGCACCGAGUAUAUCGGCACACACUCAUCGCUGCAUUUUAUACCCAACGAGACCGUCAAAGCACUCGGCAUCUCGUGGAAGCCUGAAUCUGAUGAGCUGUGUUUUGAAUCCAACACUGAGGCUGAUGAAGCCACGUCGAGCAAGCGAUCUAUUUUGUCAAGCAUUGCCAAAAUGUACGAUCCGCUCGGAUUGAUAGCACCGGUGAUCGUGCGUGCUAAGAUGCUGAUGCAGGAGCUAUGGCUACUCAAAUCCAGCUGGGAUGAACCUGUUCCUAAUCACAUCUGUAAAAAAUGGAAGGCGAUUCAGAGCGACUGGAAAACGUUAUCCGAGUACAGGACUAACCGUUACGCUCUCUUACCAGAUGCAACAGUACAAUUUCACACAUUUACCGAUGCUUCGGAGGCCGCCUACGGAGCAUGUGUCUACGCUCGUUGUGAAAACGCGGCGGGAGAAGUCCGCAUCAGCCUAUUAGCUUCGAAGUCUCGAGUGGCACCACUGAAGCGCGUCACGUUGCCGAGGCUUGAACUAAGCGCAACUGUCCUGGGCGCCCAUCUGCAUCAUCGCGUCAAGGAGGCAAUGCAGAUCGUGUGCGCCGAAUCGGUUUUCUGGUCCGACUCAACAGUGACGCUAAAAUGGAUUGCGUCACCUCCCAACUCCUGGAAGACGUUCGUGGCAAAUCGAGUAGCUGAGGUGCAACACUACUCUCAUUCAAGGCAAUGGAGGCACGUUCCUGGCACAUCCAAUCCUGCUGACUUGAUUUCCCGAGGCAUGUCGGCAGCACACUUCACGCAGAAUCAGCUUUGGAAUAACGGUCCAGAUUGGCUUGUGCAACCUUCGUCCCAUUGGCCCAGCUCAGAUCCAGAACCAAGCGAUGAGGCGGACCUAGAAACACGCCAGGUGAGUGCCGCUUUAGUUUGUACACCAACUCAUCCAUGGUUUGGCAUUUCUUCAUCCUUCACCAGAAUGGUACGCAUCAUUGCAUACUGCAUACGGUUUGUGCGCAACACCAAGCAGAAGGCGCGAUCCCAGCGACCGAUACCGCACACCAAUGCAUCUAAGACGAUCACGCCCGAGUACGUGGAUGCUGCAAAAACUGUUCUUUGCCGAAUAGCCCAGCAUGAUUCAUUUUCCGCGGAAAUCAAGCAGCUAAAAAAGGGAGAAGCAUUGAUGAAACAAUCACCUUUACGAAAACUUACCCCAUUCCUGGAUACAGAGGAAGUAAUACGGGUGGGAGGACGAAUGAACUUGUCGCAACAACCGUAUCAGUCCAAGCAUCCAGCUGUUCUGCAGAAGAACCACAAAUUCACCCGUCUGCUUGCGGAAGAUUACCACGAAGAGCUGAAACAUGCUAGUGGAAGGCUAUUGCUAUCUCGCAUUAGAGAGCUGUAUUGGCCACUGGACGAACGUCGCUUGGUGAAAAGCAUCUCAAGGAACUCGCACGGCAGCCGGUUGGCCAGCUUCCACCAUCCCGCAUCACACCGAGCCGACCGUUUUCUGUAA